AAAAAUCUGAUUAUCUCUUUAAAGGUUUUAAUUAACUGUACUAAAUUGAAAAUCUCUUCCUUCUGCUCUGACAGCAUGUCUGGAGGAAGUCUCCUAUUUGCUGCAUACACAGUGCUCCUUCUUCUUCUUCUUCUUCAUGUUCCUUCCUCUUGUUCCCAAACAGCUUCCAAUAAUAUUACAGCUAAUAAAGCUCAUGAUAACUCUGAUUGUACCCGUUCUUGUGGAAAUAUUAACAUAAGCUCUCCAUUCCGAUUGAAAGGAGACUCUAAACACUGCGGCAACAAAAGUUACGAGCUAUCUUGCGAGGCAAAUGGAAAUGGUACUACUCAUCAUGCAGUGCUAUACUUGUUAUCAGGAAAGUAUUAUGUACAAGCAAUCAAUUACAAUAAUUUCACAAUCCGACUUGUGGAUGCUGGUGUUCACAAGAUCAAGGACAACUACUUCUCCCACCCACUCUACUCCUUCACCCCCUUCAACUUUUCUAAUUAUUACUCUGAUUAUACAGGUCCUUAUGAUUUCAUCAGUCAUAGCUAUGAUUACCCAACAGCAUCAAUGUUUAUGUCUAUAAUCUUCCUGAGCUGUGAAAAUCCAAUGAAUGCUUCCGAUCUCAUUGUUGAAAGAGCUCCAUGCAUCAGUGGGGUCAACAACUAUUCUGCUUCCACUUCUUCUUUCUCCAAUUUAGCAACAUAUUCUUAUUUCAUAACACUUUGGGCUGGGGAUACCCUAAGUUUAAAAAUUUUGGGGGAUUCCUGCAAAAUAACACUAAUGGUUAUGGUGUCCCCUACAACUGAGGAGCACAUGACGUCUUGCAAAGGAAUAUAUAAUGAAAUAGCGCAUGGCUUUGAACUCUCAUGGCUUCGUCAUGCAUGUAUAGGAAAGUGCGGAUCAGGGGAAUUUUGCAGGCUGAACAGCACCGGCAAUAGAAUCUACUGCAAGCAACCACACAUAUUGCCAAAAGUGCUAUACCACGCAGCCAAAUUUUCAUUUGGUUUUCCCCUUGUAACUGCACUGCUGAUAUAUAAAUGGCGAAGGAGGCACUUGUCAAUGUAUGAGAAUAUAGAAGACUUUCUACGGAGUAAUAAUAAUCUCAUGCCAAUAAGGUACUCUUACUCGGACAUCAAAAAGAUGGCCAGAGGUUUUAAGGACAAAUUGGGGGAAGGAGGCUAUGGCUCUGUAUACAAGGCAAAGCUCCGGAGCGGUCGCCUUGUAGCCAUCAAGAUGUUAGGCAAGUCCAAAACUAAUGGGCAAGACUUUAUCAAUGAAGUUGCUACAAUUGGAAGGAUUCGCCAUGUUAACGUGGUGCGACUUAUUGGCUUCUGUGUUGAAGGUUCAAAACGUGCUCUUGUAUAUGAUUUCAUGCCUAAUGGGUCUCUUGAGAAAUACAUUUUUUCUCAACAAGGAGAUGUGUCUUUAAGUUGCCAAAAAAUAUUUGAAAUCGCACUUGGAGUGGCUCGUGGUAUUAAAUACCUCCAUCAAGGCUGUGACAUGCAAAUUUUGCACUUUGACAUCAAGCCUCACAACAUUCUUCUAGAUGAGAAUUUUACUCCCAGAGUCUCUGAUUUUGGAUUAGCAAAGCUGUACCCAUUGGAUAAUAGCAUUGUAUCUUUGACUGCAGCAAGAGGAACCAUGGGAUACAUUGCUCCAGAACUGUUCUACAAAAACAUUGGAGGUGUUUCGUACAAAGCCGAUGUGUAUAGUUUCGGAAUGCUAUUGAUGGAAAUGGCUGGUAGAAGGAAAAACCUGAAUGCGGGUAUAGAACAAUCAAGCCAAUUGAGCCAAAUCUACUUUCCGACAUGGGUUUCUGAUCAGUUGAAUAAAGGAAAGGACAUAGAAAUAGGAGAUGACGCCACAGAGGAGGAAAAGAAGAUCGUAAAGAAGAUGAUGAUGGUGGGAUUGUGGUGCAUACAAAUGAAGCCAAGUGAACGGCCUCCAAUGAAUAAAGUAGUAGAGAUGCUCGAAGGAGACAUUGAGAGCCUCCCAUUGCCUCCAAGGCCCUUCUUACAUCCACAACAAAUUCCUGCAGAUGAAGUUGGUGGGGGCAAUCCAAAUCCAUGUGCAUCAAGUGCUUCAGAAUCUGAAGAGAUUACUUUGAUUGCAUAUCCAAAUGAAGUGAAUUAAUAUUAGUCAAGAUGAGGAUCUAUGUAAGGGAAAGUUAGCAGCUUUACUCUGUAAUUGAUCAUAGCACAAAUAUGUUUACAUGUUGUAAUUGAUUUAAGCAAAUAAUUAGCCUCUGCCUUUGGUUAUUGUGUGAGAAACUGCCUGCCAGAAAUGCAAUGA